CUCUCUCUCUCUCUCUCUCUCUCACUCCCAGCCCCUGAAGGUGUCAUAACUGUGCUCUCUCUCCCUCUCUCACUCUCUAUCACCGCCUUUCUGAUCUUUAAAAGCCUCCCUCACUCUCGGAUCGUAUCCCUCUGGCUGCCGCGCGACCGAACGGGGCUGAGCACCAAGCUGAAACAGAGGAACGUGUAAAGAAAACAGAGAACAGGGGGGGAAGAAAGAGGAACACGAACGUCCAGAAAUAGCAUCAGCCACGUCCGUACAAGCAUACAAGGGAGCAUGGAGAACCUCCUGAGACCGGAGCGCAAGAAGAUGCCUUUCCUCUCCAACUUGACCGCUAUCGUGCUGUUGUUGGUGGCUCACUGUGGAUCCUGGACCACGGCCAGCCGUUUGGGCCCCCACAAGCUCUGUCCAUCCUGCAAAGACUCACUGGGUUCGGGCCGGGCCUCACGGGACCAUGUGGGGGUAUCCAACACAGCUGUCCUGGCUUUGGGGGAGCCGUGUGGGGUGUACACCCUAAGCUGUGCCAAGGGCCUGCGCUGCAUGCCUCCUCCGAGGGAGCACAGCCCACUCCAGGCUCUGCUGCAGGGCAGGGGCGUCUGCGCCAAGUACAACAAGAUGAGUCCCACGGAGAGACCGCACCCCGCAGGUCCGCAUCCUUCACACAGCGGUGAAAUUGAUAAGGCUCCGUGCCGGAAGCUGCUCAAUGCUGUGCUGCGGGGUCUCGAGCUCACCGUUUUCCAGUCUGACCGUGAUAUCUACAUCCCCAACUGUGACACUCGUGGCUUCUACAGAAAAAAGCAGUGUCGCUCCUCCAAGGGCACACAGCGCGGCCACUGCUGGUGCGUGGACGAGCUUGGGGUCACCAUUCCGUCCCGCGCGGGCGAGGACGGCGCCCUACCUUGUGAUGGAGAGUGACGGGCAGCAAGCGGCCCCACAGCUCUGAGCCAGGAGGAAGAAGAGGGAGAGGAGGGACGCAGGGAGAGGGGAUGACAAUUUUAGCUUGCGCUGAACACUGCCUGGCCUGGAGACAAUAGAGAGAAAGUCACACCAUAUGGGAAACAAACACCCACGUCCAACCAAUCCUGACCAAUCCAAAACGAAGGUCCAUGCCCACUGCCAUAAAGUUGCCGCAAUCUUGUGGAUCAGGCAUGGACAGCGUAAGCACAGAGCCAACGUUUAAGCUGUGGUAGGCCGCUAUGUCCCUAAGAGCUAAGUCCCUGGCCCCCAAACAGUAGAGUCCCUUUCUUUGCCAUAGCCAUCACUGCCUGUGUCUUGUGUCUUUCCAAGUAGGCUGUAAUACUGUUAAAUCAGGUGGGGCUGCCAUUUUGCAUUUAACUAACCCCCUUCCCUCCCACCAUCCCCUCUCCCUCUCUCCAAAGAUACACUGACUUAAACUAUUACGUAUGAAAGCGAAAUAUACCUUUCCGUCUAAUUUAUUCUGGAGUAUUACUCUGUUUCCUCGAAGACUCACGUACUUCUGAACUGUUGCCAUGUAACCAAGACAUCGACACACUAUCCUAUGUGCACAUGAUUUGGGAAAGCAUUCAGUCCUUUCUUUUGUGUCAAAGUGACACGCUAACCGCUAAUACAUAGUGGAUUGUUUGUACAUAAAUGCAUUUUUUUUGUUUGUUUUUUGUGGUAGAUAGAUAACAUGGGGUGACAUGUUCUUGA